GAAUAUGUGUUUCUCGAAUGUUUUUUGCAGACCAUAGGCAAACUGCAGCCGAACAAUCUACCCUUCCCCUACACAAGUGUUGUUGAUUUCGAAGCGGUUGUUUCGCAACCGAUCGGCAAGGAAUGGAAUCCUGUCAGUGUUAGUAUGGAUCUCUGCAAACCAGCUGUGGUUACUCAGGGUGGCCGAUCGAUACAACCGAUAAAAAAGGAUGAGGUUUUAGCUGGAAAGCUCGCGUUAGAUGAAGAAUAGAUAAUUGUUAUUGUUGCUUGUUGUUGAUUGUUGAUGUGAUUGUUGUUAUCAAGCUGCAAAAUAUAAAUAGAG